AUGGUUUUGCCAAAGCUCCAGGAUCCUUACAGCGUGAUGCCGCUUUUACUGCGCUUGCAAGGGUUUGCCGGUUUGUGGGGUGAACGACGGUACCGCUACAAGUUCCGGCUCGCCUUCGCCAGCUUCUGCAUUCUAGUGGUCAUUCCAAAGCUGGCCUUCGGCUAUCCCGACCUGGACACCACCAUCCGGGGCACGGCGGAGUUGAUAUUCGAGUGGAAUGUCCUGUUCGGAGUGUUGCUGUUUUCGUUCAACUUCGACGUGUACAACGAUUUGGUUCAACGGUUUAAGGAUCUGUCGAAGUUGGUUUUCAGCAACAAAGUGCGCCCGGAGCUGGGAGAUUACCUCAUGCGUAUCAACUAUCGGAUCGACAAGUUUUCGAAAAUCUACUGCUACAGCCACCUUUGCCUGGCCACUUUCUACUGGGUGGCCCCACUGACGAGCACGUACUCGGCUUAUCUGGCCGUGCACAAUAAGUCGAUCCCGGUAGAACACGUGUUGCAUCUGGAAGAAGAAUUGUACUGGCUGCGAAUCCGCGAAUCGCUGGUUGACUAUUCUAUCUUCACUGCCGUUAUGUUGCCUACGAUUUGCAUGCUCGCGUUCUUUGGCGGUCUAAAACUGCUGACAAUCUUUAGCAAUGUAAAGUUCUGCUCCGCCAUGUUGCAUCUGGUUGCGAUGCGCAUCCAACUGAUGGAUCAGUUGGAAGAACGCCAUGUCGAGCCGGAACUGAUUGGAAUUAUUGAGAUGCACCAACAAGCGCUAAAAUGCGUCGAGUUGUUGGAAACGACCUUUCGAUGGGUGUUUCUGGCUCAAUUCAUACAGUGCGUGAUGAUAUGGUGCAGUUUAGUCUUGUACGUGGUGGUAACGGGUAUCAGCACGAAGGCUGCCAACGUCGGGAUACUGUUUAUUCUUCUCACCGUGGAGACCUUUGGAUUCUGCUACUUCGGAACGGAUCUUAUGUCGGAGAGCGUCAGCGUGGGUCGUGCCGUUACCGAUAGCUACUGGUACGGAAGGACGGUUUCCGUGCAAAAAAAGCUCCGCUUGGUGCUGCAGCGUGCCCAGAAACCGGUCGGGAUUUCGGCGGGCAAAUUUUGUUUCGUGGACGUGGAGCAGUUUGGAAAAAUGGCAAAAAUGUCCUACUCGGUCUACAUCGUACUGAAGGACCAGUUUUAA